AUGAACGGUGCUUGCCCGGGACCUCUAAAUAGGGCCCAUGUCGACAUCCCCGCUAACUAUCAAGCCCCCGCGAAACCGGUUGACUACUCAUCCCCGCGCGCUUGGAGUAGUCCAUCCGGCCCAUUGUCCACCCCAGGAAAACCCACUCAACCUCCCGCGGGGAGACCUUCAACCCGUGCCGCAAGCGUCGCAGGCGUUGCAGACGUCACACCCCUAGAAGCCCAAGUCUCUGCGCUACAACUAGACGCGGCAAUACGGGAGGACAGCCGUUGGGAUACAUACUUCGACGACGAAGGUUGCUACCCUAGUAUGGAAUCGGCCGCGGUGGCGGCACUCGAAGAUCUUGACAGACAACUCCUAGCGAACGAGAUUGAGCAGGCCAAACAGGCCAACCUAGCGGAUGCUAUCGCCGGUCACCCGGGACGCGCCUGA